AUGAAGCUGGUGGUCUAUGAUAACCUUCCGAGCCCAGGUCCUCCGCCUCGGACCUCAUCCUUUCCAUCAUGGAUAACGGAGGGCAGAAGCAUCGCCUCUCGAGCAUCCAACAGGGCCAGCAUGUCGUUCAAGCGGCAGUCCACCACCCCAUUGAGGAUCAGUGCACCGACAGACUUCAGGAGAGUUGAGUCUUUCCAAUCCUUUGCCUCCAGUCCAGCGGAGUUUCAACCUCUCGUGCUGAAGAUUCACACACCGGGCAACCGUCUCUCAGAUCUGCCAACCUUUGACGAGUUUCUUUCACAGGAGGACCGACGACGAUCUCUUGCCUGGCCUGCAAAAGCAGUUGUCUCUCCCACUGACCCUUCACGUAUUUCCCGCGCUCGAUCUCAUCAUCACUCUUCGUCAUCUUUCCAAUUAGCCCGCAAACCCGUAGGAUCAGGGUCCCGUCGAUCUUCCCUUGCCAACUUGGAGCAGCUUCUGGACAAGCAAUCUCCCAUCACAAGCCCUGGGAUACCUCAUUUCUCAGCCCGUACCUCGACCGCCACCGGCCUCAGUGAGGCCUUGUUCUCACCAACACACCCCAGGCUGGAGUCCUCGGCUGGCUACGGGUCAAUGCCCCAACGCCAACGCAGCGAUAUCACGUCGCCCAUCGCGGUGCCCCCCAAGACACCCCCCAAAACUCCCCUGCAGGACAGGCCGCUACCACCUCUUCCUACCGGCAACUCCCCAUCGUCAACGGAAACAUCCACAGCCAACCCCUCGUCCACCACCCUCUCCGAGAACGACGUCUCAACCCAAACCCCAAACACCACCCCAUCCCGCUCCGGCCGCGUCGCGCAAUGGCUCCUCCAAACAGGCAGCAAAGCCUCUCCCCCUGUCUCCUGGAAACCCCGGGCCGAAAAGAGCGGGAGCGGGAGCGCAAGCGCAAACGCCUUCCGCAUCCGCUCACGCACCCUCAGCGGCUCAACGGCCGUCUCUUCCGCACCGAGCACAACAACCACCAUAGGCUUAGGUCCCAGGACGCCCGCAUCACGGAACACGCGAGACCUCAAUCCAAAUCAACUAUCCGAAAAAGAUCUCGAGGCCUUUCCAUCCCGGGCCUUCUUCUCACACGCCCCACCAGCCCUCCCAUCCACAUCCAUGUCCAUCCCCGACGACAGACCCUACCCCACCAUCUACGAAGGCCAGCAACAGCAACUCGCAUACAGCGAGUUGGAGUACUACGCGAGUCCCAAUCACCGCCAAUCAACCAUCGGCCUGGCCUUUUGA